AUGCCCCACGGAGUCAUCGUCACUGACAGAAAGCCAAGUGAGAAGAGGGUGAGGACGAUCAUAGCACACAGGCAGAUGAAGCAGAAGAAGGAACCAGACCAUAGCACACAAGCAGAUGAAGCAGGAGAAGUAGAAACAGACCAUAGCACACAGGCAGAUGAAGCAGGAGAAGGAGACAGACCACAGCACACAGGCAGAUGAAUCAGGAGAAGGAGAGGACGAGCUGGAAAUACUCAUACAUACUGGUGCAUAAACCUCCCGACAAAGAUAGUAUCCUCGAAGGCGAUCUAUAGUGUCCUCUAGCACUGAGCUCUGAGGCAGGGCUGUCUCAGUCACGCACUUAGCAGACACAGAGAGAGAGGAGUGUUAACUACCAUCCACCAAUCCUCUUUAAGAUAGUUUCCAGGCCUGUGAGGUAGCAGCAGUGUACUUUCCCAUUCCAGUCAGACUCUCCCAGUAAGUUUGUUCCGUUCCAUUCCCAGUUUGAGAGUGAGAGUCCCAGUAACCAGCUCCAGUUAUAGAUGCAGGGAGUGUGUUAAAUCUUUUAGCAACAUACAUCACCGACUCUGCUACCUCUCUCGAGGACCCAGCCCAAUUGCUCGAAUCGCUCCUCCUCUCCUGUCCUGAUCAUCAACACCUCAUCUACCUAUCAUUCUGACUGAGUUUGGAAGAGAUUAACAAACAGGUGUCUUUGUUCCCCAUGAGCCUAAUUAAACACAGUCACACACACUUAGGAACCCAUGCACGCACGCGCACCAUCUGACCCCAAUUAGACAGAACCAGCGCAUCAGCAACAUGAGAAGAGACUGUUGCUUAGUGACAACACCGCUGGACCAGAAGUGUGUGACCAGAGACAUAGAACACAACAAAGAAACACUAUAAAACAAAACACACACACACACACACACACACACACACACACACACACACACAAACAGAAUGGUAGAGGGAGCAGUAGUCUUACUUUAGGUGGUAGCUUGAAGGUUUUUCUUCGUUUCUUUUUGCAGAGCAUCAGUCUGUCACGUUCCUGUGCAGAAAGGAGCAAUUUAGGAUUUCUAGCCUUUGAGAUUAGACAACAUGCAUCGUUUUUGUAUGAGAAGGCUCUGAUUGACGUGGGACUGAUCCUUAACCUGACAAACUAAUUGUACUAAUCGAGGCCAUCAUCAUCCCCUGUGUGUGGAAUACUGGGGACAGAAUAUAAAUACUAUUUGAUUUAGGCUUGUCAAAAUGCGCCCAUGGUAUAAAGUGAGACGGGUAGGAUUCUUUAUGGGAACAACCAGAGUUGGAGAAGGUAAAAAUAGUUGUGUGUCCAACACCUGCCCCCAGGUCCGGACAUGUUGGGGCAAUCCAGAAUAAUGUAAACAACUUAAAAGGGGAAUGGAAACACUUUACGAAAUAAAUCUAAGCAAAGAGAUGUAUUCAAUCCACUAAUAAUAAACGUGCAUUUGACAUAAAACCAUUUCUAUAUUUAGUAUUUUGAUCGUCGACAAGGUUUAUUUGAUCUAUGGUCAGCACCAUUUUAAAUUGCCAUAGUAACGACUGACGCCAGAGCGUCACUGGCAGGAAUCAGCUAAUUGUCUGUGGUAUGUAGUUUUCGUGCGGAGAGUGAAUCGAAGAGAGUGAGGUUAGGUGCAGACAACGAAGAUGGCAAUAACAAGUAGUAAUUCAAACAUGAACUGUAUAGCACCAGGCUGUAGGAAUUGGCUCCAAAAUAAAUCCCUCGGUAAGCUACCAUAGGCUGCCCAAGGACCCACAACUUUUCAAGAAGUGGCUCCAUGUCCUGAAGAGGAAGGACGUGUCAGCUCGAGCUAGCAGGAUCUGCAGCCACCACAUCGCGGAGGAAGACUUUGCGAUGAAGGGCACUUUCGAUGCGGCAACCGGGAGUUUCGAAUGGAAAGGAGUCAUAGGCCUACGUUGAAGCCCUCUGCUUGCCGCUCCAUUUUCAAUUUCGAUGGUUAUGUUGUAUGGGUUACAGACCGACCAUCAUCAACAUCGCUGACUUCCGAGUCAAGCAAAAGCCGGACUGAACGGAGGGCGACGCGAGUCAAUGGAACCUGAGGUAACGUUAACCGGUCAUGAGUCAUGACUGUUGUUGACUAGGCUAGCGUUAGACACUGGACAACUUUGUUGCAACUCUAGUUGAAGGUAACUAGCUAAUUGCGUCUGAAGUGUUUUGUGUAACACCCCCCAGCAACUAACGUUAGCAAGUAACUCAACUGCAACUAAAAUUGCACUAAAAUUGCAACACAGUUUCUCUGUGUAGCCCUGUUAUUAGGUAGUUACUGUAGCUAGCUUCCAUCUCAGUCAAGUACUGUAAUACAUUUUGUUGACAGUUUUGUUUUUGGAAUGGUUUGUUAGCUCCACCUAAUUUAGCUAAACUGAAGUUGACAUAGCUAAUUUUUGCUGAAAAAUAAAUGUCCCUGUAUUUGCUGUGUGUGUGUGUGUGUUGACAUAGCAUACAAGACAGGUAGAUUGUUAACGCCAACUGAUAUAUUUGGGUUCAAUUGUCUUAACAAAACGUUUGUUUGUUUUCAGGAUGACAUCUUUAUACCUGAAAAGAGUUUCAUCCUGGAGGAGACUGUGCAGGAGGAGGCAGAGGAGGUACAAGCAAAUCCAUGUUAUUUUUAAGGCUAUUGUUUAUUUCCAGACACAGUCUGUCAUCCCUGAGGCCAUUUUGGAUAUAAAAUGGACAAUCUACAGUAUAUGCAGUGAUUCUUGAAUAUACCUAUAGCCUAAUAGAUGCCUUAAUUGUUUUCUACCAACAGGAAAGAACGGUUAGUACAGCAUGCCAGACUGUUCCUGUGCUGCGGUGGAGAAGAGGUCCACUGGGACCAUCACUAAAGAGCUCGAGGCCCAGCUAGAUUGAGCUCACGACCAUCAGUAUACAACCGAGUCCUGCCCCUAUACGCCACAGAUGGAGCUGACGGAGAGUGAGAUCAACGAAGACCAGAACUCGCUGUAUGAACCUGAGCUCAGAAUCACAAUCAUCACAGUGCGAGCCAAGAUAUACUAUCAAAGAGUGUGUGCAAGAUCCGAAAUACAUAGUCUUUGAUAGCAAGCUGAAGGAGUUGUUCAAUGUCUGCCUUGAGCCAGGAUGUCGAGCAGGUGUCAUCAGUUCAUCCCUGAAAAUAAGUGGUUUUGCCAUCACCAUGGAGACAGUGUGUUGUCGGCCACAGGAGGAAGUGGGAGUCCCAGACCAGUGUGGGAAAGUUGUUUGCAGGGAAUCUGUUGAUGCCGUCAGCGGUCUCCCUUACUGGCGGCUCCCACUCCACUUUUGUGGAAACAUGUCACCUCCUCAGCCUGGUGUCCAUGUCACUGUGACAGUUCGCAAACCAACAGAGCAUCUACAUUGUGCCAGAGGUUAACUACAUGUGGACCCAGCACAUUGAGGCCAUUCUGGCUACAAUUGGUGACAGUCCACUAAUCGUAUCUGGAGACGCACGGUGUGAUUCGCCAGGCCUUGUGCCUCCUUUGGCACUUACACCAUCCUGGACUCUGCUUCCCACCUGAUCCUCGCCCAGGAGACUGUGCAUGUGACCGAAGUGAAGAACAGCUACUGGUUGGAGACGGAGGGAUUAGAGAGAUGCCUGCAACACGUUGAGGUCAGCUAUAGCCUAACCUAUAUUUUGUAGCUAGCCUAACAUAGGUACCUUUAGGAGAAUAAUAAUUUGUAAGUCGCUCUGGAUAAGAGCGUCUGCUAAAUGACGUAAAUGUAAAUGUAAUAAUAAAAUCAUUAUUACUAACAGGCCCAUGGAUGCAGUAUUGAAACUCUGGCCACUGACAGGCAUCCAAGUGUGAGGGUGCACUUGAGGGACUCACAUGCUGAUAUCUGGCAUGAGUAUGACCUGUGACACAUUGCCAAAGGUGUGAGGAAAAAGCUGGUGGCCAUUGGGAAGCCAGAAGUACUGUCAUAUAUUUUAUAGUAAAGUCAGAACUAUAUGAUUAUGAUGAUUCAAGUCAGUGACACAGGGGUCUCACUUAUUCCCUGUGUCUCAGGUACUGCCAUGGGUGAGGGCAUUAACACACCACUUGUGGUACUGUGCCACGACUGCUGGUGGGAGUGUCCAGGUGCUAAAAGAAAAGUGGAUCACUGA